CAUCUCUCUCAAAUCCUUCACGAAACCACUCAAACCUAAAUUUUCUCUUCACAACUUCAACUCGAACCAAUUGAGAAAUGGAGGAGAUCGACGUGCCUCCGUUUUUCGUGUGCCCCAUUUCCCUCGAACUCAUGAAGGACCCCGUAACGGUGUCUACGGGAAUCACCUACGACCGCGAAAGCAUCGAGAAAUGGGUCUUCGCCGGAAAGAACGACACGUGUCCCGUCACGAAGCAGAGCCUGAUCCUCCCUGACCUCACUCCGAACCACACGCUCCGCAGACUCAUCCAAGCCUGGUGCACCGUCAACGCCUCCCACGGCGUCCAACGGAUCCCAACUCCCAAAGCACCCGUCGACAAAGCCAUCAUCGAGAAACUCCUCAAAGACGCUUCGGACUCCCCGAGCCUCCAGCUUCGGUCCCUCCGCACCCUAAAAUCGAUCGUAUCCGUAAACCAAUCCAACAAACGCUGCGUCGAAUCCGCAGGCGCAGUCGACUUCUUAGCAUCGCUUAUAAUAACCAACACCAACGCCACUUCCUGCGUGGUGGACGAUGUGGACCUAGAGCUGAAAACAAAUGUAUCAGACGAAGCCUUGAGUUUGUUACACGCCAUUCAUCUAUCCGAGUCGGGUUUCAAGGCUCUGCUAACUCACUCAGAGUUCGUAAACUCUUUAACAAAGAUCAUGCAGAGAGGAAUCUACGAGUCACGCGCUUACGCCGUUUUCUUGUUGAAGUCCAUGACGGAGCUGGCGGAUCCGGUUCAGUUGAUUAACCUAAAACUAGAGUUGUUCACGGAGCUAGUGCAACUUCUGAAGGACCAGAUUUCGGAGAAGGCUUCCAGAGCGACGCUUCAGACGCUGAUUCAGGUGUGUCGAUGGGGGAGGAACAGAAUAAAAGCGGUGGAGGCGGGUGCGGUUGCGGUUAUCGUUGAGCUUCUUCUGGAUUGCAAGGAGAGGAAAGCGUGCGAGAUGAUGCUCAUUCUGUUGGAGAUUCUGUCGCAGAGUGCGGACGGAAGGGCGGCGCUGUUGGCGCACGCGGCGGGGGUGGCGGUGGUGGCCAAGAAGAUUCUUAGGGUUUCGACGGUGGCCAACGAUAGGGCGGCGAAGAUUCUGCUGUCGGUGUGCAGAUUCUCGGCGACGGCGGCGGUGGUGCAGGAGAUGGUGGAGCUCGGGGUGGUGGCGAAGCUGUGUCUGGUGCUGCAGGUUGACAGUGGGGAGAGGGCGAAGGAGAAGGCGAGGGAGAUUCUGAAGCUGCAUGCUAGGGUGUGGAGGAACUCCACCUGUGUGCCCAGGAAUUUGCUUGCUUCUUACCCCAUUAAUGUGUGAAGUGUGAAUGAAAGAAAAGGGAAAUGAAAAUUCAAGUUUUGAGUUCUUGUUAGCUGCUCCUCUUGUUUUGCUUUUGCUGUUCUUCCUGUACAGGAUUAUUAUUGUAUGGAACCAAGAUAGGUGCGUGGGGCGUCCAAGAUUGCCCCAGUGAAAAAGAAAAAAAUUGGAAUUUAUUAUGAAAUGCUGACACACAACAUGUUUUUGUGAAA